AACAGAACCUUGAGGUCGUAAAUAAUAAUGUCAGUAGUAACUUUAACACAAGAAUCUCAUAAGAAUCCAGAUCCAUUUAGAGUUAAGUAUGAGGAUGCAAAUUUGGUUCUCGGACCUAAACCUAAAAUUCCGAUCAAUGAUGAAUUACCCGUGAUUGAGACAAGUUCAAAAGUAGCAAUUAUAGGGGCUGGAUUUGGUGGUAUGACUGUAGCUCAUUCAUGUUUGACGAAAUUGAAUAUAGAUGAUUUUGUAAUGUUUGAUAAGCAUGAUAACUUUGGUGGUACUUGGUAUGUUAAUACCUAUCCAGGAUGUGCUUGUGAUAUUCCUGCCUUAUGGUAUUCAUUUUCAUUUGAAUUGAACAAUAAUUGGAGUCGUAUUCAACCUCCUCAAUUUGAGAUGGAGGAAUACAUUCUUAAAGUUGCUGAAAAGUAUAAUUUACAAAAGUAUGCCAAGUUCAAAACAGCAGUUACUCGUUUAGAAUAUAACGAUGAAGCAGCAAAUUGGACUAUGUACAUACGUGAUUUGACUAAUGGACAAUUGAUUAAACAUACAGCAGAGAUUGUUACUUCUUGUCAAGGUAGUUUGGUUAAUCCAAUUCAUUAUAAUGCUAAAGGUUUAGAAGACUUUCAAGGAGUAUAUAUGCAUUCUGCUGUUUAUAAUCAUGAUGUAUCUUUGGAAGGUAAGAAUAUUGCAGUAAUUGGUAAUGGUUGUUCAGCUAAUCAACUAGUUCCAAAUAUAUUAAGCAAUUAUAAGCCAAAGUCUGUCACUCAAAUUUUCAAAUCAAAGCAUUAUAUUAUGCCACCAGUUCCUAGAGCACUUCAAUGGUUGUACAGGUUUUUGUCCUUCUCGUUCUUGGGAUUGACUCUUGUUAGACUAUUAACCAUUGCAAUUGCUGAAGCCAGGUUUCCUCUUUAUAAGGGAAAUGGAAUCUUUUCAAACAUUGUUCGCCGGAUUAACACAAGAUCUUCCAGAAAUUAUAUUCAAAAGCAAGCUCCUAAAAAGUACCACGAUUUACUUACUCCUGAUUUUAAGAUUGGUUGCAAAAGAAUGAUUUACGAUUACCAAUAUGUUCCCUCAUUACAUGAUGAAAGAGUUACAAUUACUGAUGAUGCUGUAGACCAUAUUACGAAAGAUUCUAUAGUAUUCAAAAAUGGAAAGGAAAAGAAAGUUGAUAUCAUUAUCGCUUGUACAGGUUAUGAUGUGAAUAAGAGUUACCAAAACUACGAAAUCAUUGGUCGUAAAGAGAAAGAUGUAGGUAAAAUCUGGGCAAAUGAUGGAGGUAGUGCUUAUCAAACUGUUUUAUUAAGAGAUGCACCAAAUCUUUUCUUUAUUGCUGGACCAAAUUCUGCUACUGGACAUUCUUCCGUUGUUAUGGCAAUUGAAAACGGUUGUACAUACUUUGAAAAGUUAAUCAAGCCAGUAUUAGCUGGUAAAUAUAAAUCAGUAUGUGUAAAGACAGAGAAAUACAAACAAUGGUAUGUUGAUACACAAAAUGAAUUACACAAUUCAGUUUUUGGUACUGCCUUUGGUGGAUGUGUUUCUUGGUAUGGAGAUGGUCAUGUCAACUCGUCAACUUAUCCAUACUCUCAGAUAAGAUUCUGGUGGGAAAUGACCCAUCCUCGUUAUAAGGAUAUAGACUACGAACCUUUAGAUAACAAAUAGAGUUAUAAAGCAUCAGUAAAUCCACAAAUUUGAUGGGUAAUAAAUAUUACGUAAUGUAAAUAUAUAUUAUAACAAUCU